AUGAAUGUGAAGUAUCACUUUAAACUAAGUUCAUGUACCUGGCAGCUUUUGGCAGAGGAUCCAUCAUUAAAGCGGUUCAAAUCACAUAAGAAAGGUGUGCGGAGAAUUAAAAGAAUUGGAGAUGUCCUCACAAUUGUUGUGGUGGCUGGAUGUUGCUAUGAAAUUUAUGUCAAAGCGGUAAUGAGAGAAGAAGCAAGGAAACAGGCAGGUGAGAGGUUUGGUGGAUCGGCGCUGUUCGGAGUAUCAAAGCAGGUUGGCUUAAAAAAGGUCAUCAACACAAUCUAA